AUGUCACCUGCACACCGCCAGUCCUGCGACCGCUGUCGCCAGCAGAAAGUAAGGUGCUUGCGAGACAACAACACUUCUGUCCCAGGCCCAGGCCGAGUAUCCGCUUCCCUGUUGUGCGACCGCUGUGCAAAAGCAGGAGCGGAAUGCGUGUACAGUGAUCCCUUCGAGCUCGGGCCGGCCUUUGGUAAUGGUGAUGAGACGCCUAGCUCACCGACUGGUCACUCCCACCUUAUUACCGCCUUGAUGGGUCACCCUUCUCACGACCUGCAUGUUGACGAAGGCGAGACGGCUGCCGGCGGCUAUGGUGCAUCGGACGCAGAGCAUCACCUGCUGCCACUUCAAAUUCCCCCAAAUUCGCUCGAGUCGCUCGCCACAUUGCUAGCAGAGGCUGUGUCUGCUUCGUCCAUGCCAGCGGUGCCCUUUUACGACGCCACCGCCCCAGCUCCUUUGAUGGAGAUCGACACCGACCAUGAAGACACAACGAGCUUCUUGUUCUCACAGUUGACGGCCGUGAGCCAAAGGGCCAUGCGGACAGUCCGCCGUCUCUCCCGCUCCAGCACAGGUGCAGGUGCAACCACCCUGAUGGUGUCGUCGCCCGAGGUGAACGAGGCUUUGGAGGACACGAAUACGCUGAUAAGCACCGUCAACAACAUCAUGACAGCGGCAGAGACAGCAGGACGUGACGAAUCAAUGACCACGGCCGAUUACGCCGGACUGGCCUUGUCGGCUCUCGCUUGUCACCAAAACCUCAUGGCGCUCUUCCGAGCCAUUUGCGAUGCCAUACAAGGUAGACUGCAAGCCAAGAAAGAAGAGCGGGAACAAAAACAACAACAACACGCCGCCCGAGACAAUUGCGGCGUGGGACCUCUCAAUGUCGCCCAGUUCGUCAUGGUGCUGCAAUUGCUGAUGCACCUCAUCAGUCGCAUGGGCCGCUUCUUGGUGACAUCGCACACGACGACUGAGCAGGAGAGCCAGUUUAUCGCACCCGCGUCCAUGCUCGACUGCAGUGCUAUGGCCGCCGACGACUACGCCAUUGACAUUGCCCCCGGUCAGUCUACAGCAUCGUCAGCCACACCAGCCCACCACUCGACGCGCCGCAGUGGUCUUCUUGAGCAUGUACAAGAGAUUGUCGGAAACAUACCCAGUGAGCGUGAGAGACUGAGGCUCAUCAUCCAGGAACUGCAGGCGGAAAUGGACCAUGCGGAAAUGCACUAA